AUGAGAAGAGUAAAGAGUUUUUGGAGAAAAGAUACAAAAUCAAAUUUAAAAUACUCAAAAAACAGUGAAGGAAAAUCAUCAAAUCAUCAUCACCACCAUCAUCACCAUAAAAUAUUUAAUACAUGUUUAGAUCCAAACAAUCCAAUAAUACCAACAAUAGUUGUACAAACAAUCGAAUACAUAGAGAAAUAUGCAAUCAAUGAAAAUGGUUUAUUUAGAUUAUUUGGUAAUCCUACUGAUGUAAAUUCUUUAAAAGUAGCUUAUGAAAAAUAUGAAACAAUUGAUUUAUCAAAAGUAUCGAACCCACAUGUUGUAACAUCAGUAUUAAAAUCAUAUUUAAGAGAAUUACCAGAACCAUUAUUUACAUUUAAUUCAUAUGAAGCAUUGAUAGUAUCACAUGGUAUAUCAGAUGCAGAUAUGAGAUUAACAAUGAUUAAAUCGAUAAUUCAAAAGAUAGUACCACAUCAUUUAGUAGUGUUGGAAUAUUUAUUUGCAUUUUUAGCAAGAGUUGCAAAAUCAUCAAUCAAUGGUAACAAUAUGGAUAGUUCAAAUUUAGCAAUAAUUUUCGCACCAACUUUAUUGAAAUCAAAAUCUGAAACACCUGAAAAACUAAUUGCAGAUUCACCACGUUCAACGAGUAUCAUCAAGAUUAUCAUUGAUAACUAUUCGGAAAUAUUUGAAAAGGAUCCAAUCACUGGUCAAUUUGUAACUGUUAAACCAUUGAAACCAUACUUUGAACAAGAUUAUUUAUUAUCUUCAAAAUAUGAAACUAUUAAUUUAGAUAAAGAAAUCGCUGAAAUCUUUGAAGAAGAAGAAAGUUUAUUAUCAUCAUCAUCAUCAUUAUUAGCAAUUUCAACUACAAUUACUGAUUCAAUUGAUAAUAAUAAUAAUAAUAAUGCUAAUGCUAAUGCUAACAAUGCUAAUGGUAUUAAUAAUAGUGGUACCACUAGUAAUAAAAAUAGUCGUCCAACAGUAUUUCAAGUAUUUAAUCAAUCAUUAUCAUCAUCUUCAUUAUUAUCACCAGCAGCAGGUGUUGUAUCAUAUAAGGGUUCAAGAUUGUCAGUUAUUUCAAAUGAUUCAUCAGCAUCAUCACCAGAUUUAUCACAUGAUGUUUCAAUUGAUGAUGAUGAGGAGGAAGAAUUAAAGAAACCACCUGGUUUCAUCUCAUCAUCACCAAACCAUCAAAUUUAUAGUGACGACGAUGAUGAUGACGAUUAUUAUGAUGACGAUGAUGACGAUGAAGAACGUCAUAAUAUUUCAAAUGGUCAAGAUAAUGAAAUUGAAUUUAAGAUUCAAGUUAUUAAAGAAUUAAUUGAUAAAACUAUAUUAGAUCUUCAAAAGGAAUUCAUUCAAUUAGAAAAAGAUUUACAAGAUAAUUUAUCAUUUCAAGAGAUUGUGCUCGUUGCAAGUUCAUUAAAAAGUAUUAUGAAAAUUUUAAUUGACGGUCCAGAUGUUGAUUCUGAAGUAAUCUCUUCAUUUGAAUUUGAAUUACCAAAUACUGAUAAUUCCAAUAAUAAUAGUAAUAAUAAUAAUUCCAAUAAUAAUAGUGGUGACCCACAACAAAUUAAAAGAUUAGAAAUUUUAAAGAAAGCAAUACUUCAAAAGAUUAAUGAAUCAAUUCCAUCAUUAUUAUUACAAUUAAAAGAUGAAUCUUCAAGUUUAACUCAAAGUGACGAUAUUGGUAAAGAUAUUUGUUUAGUUGAUUUAAUUACAAUUAUGAGAACUUUAAGAUGUGUUAAUGAUGUUUUAGAUUUCUUCUUUAGUAAAUGGAGUAUAAUUGCAUCAUUAUCAAAUAGUAAUAAUAAUAAUAAUAACAUAAAGAAAUCACAAUCACCUUUAAUGCCAUCACCAAAAUUAGUUUCAACAAGUGUAAUAUCAACUUCAACUUCAACCUCAAAUAAUGCUACAAUAUCAAAUACAACUCAAGUACCACCACAAACUCAACCACAAAAACAACAACUACUACAAGUUCAACAACAACAACAACAACAACAACAACAACAACAACAACAACAACAACAACAACAAAAAGAACAAAAAGAACAACAACAACAACAACAAAAAGAACAACAACCAAAAUUAGAAGAAGAUUUUAAAAUAACGAUUCAAUUAAAAGUUGAAGAUUUAGUUCAACAUAUGUUUGAUAUUGAUAUGGUAUUAUAUGAAGCAGAAGAAACAUUAAUGGGAAUUUCAUCAAAGAGUGAAUUGAUUUAUCUUGCAAAAGUUGUACAAAAUUUACAAAAAAUCGUUAGAUUACCAGUUAAAGCAAGUGCACAAUUUGAUGAUUUACCACCACCAAAGAUCAAUACACUAAAGAUAACACCAAAACAUAAGUUAGCACCAUUGGUUAGUGUAAUCUAUGUAUUAAUUAAAGAGAUUAGAGAUCAAAUUGCACAAUUUAGAGAUAACUUUCAAAAUCAAUAUGCUGAUAGCACCACUAAUAACACCAAAGAAUUUGUAUACUAUAGACAAAGAUUAUUCGAUAUUUGGGAUGUUUUAUCGAAAUUACCAGCUUUCAAUUCCUAUAAAACAAGUUAUCGUAAUAGACAAGAAGUCUCUCAAAAGAAUUGUCAAUACAUGCGUGAAACCAUUGAAUCUACACUCAAGAGGUUGGGUCCAUUAUUCUCACAACUUAAAAAUGAUGUCGUUGCUAAUUCAACCGAGAUCAGUUUAGAUAAUUUAAUUGUAAUCUCUAGAUCUGUUACUAAAAUUAAAAAAUUAUUUGAAGAUUCUCAAUUAUAUCAACGAACUAGUAUUAAAUUCUCACCUUUUCAAUUAAGUAAAACUAGUUCAAUCUCAAUUUCAAAUGAUUGUUUUAAUUUAAAUUCUUCAAAUGGUAAUAUUAAUACCAAUACCACUGCCACCACCACCACUAAUAGUCCACCUUCAAAUUCAAUGAAUGAUAAAAUUUCAACUCUUAAAACUUUAACUGCUUCAAUCAUUGAUCAGGUUAUACUUAGAUUCUCUCAAAUUGAAAAAAAUUUUAAUGAAAUCGAUCAAGAAUCUUAUUUAUUUGAAAUUAUUGAUGUAUUAAAAUCUGUUAUUACAAAUUUUAAAGAAAUUAAAACAUUAAAUAUUUAA